UCCCCCCGCCCUGCCUCCCGUGAGCCCCACCAGUCCCUGCUCUGCCCGCGCCCCGCUCGACUCCGGAGGCGCCUGCAGCCCCGGCGUCGGCCCCGCUGCCCCCUCCCCGGGGGCCAUGGGGGAGCCCCCGGGAUACCGGCCCUCAGCUUGGGUGCAUCUCCUCCACCAGCUGCCCCGCGCCGACUUCCAGCUCCGUCCGGUGCCCAGCGGCUUCGCGCCCCAAGAGCAGGAAUACCAGCAGGCCCUGCUCCUGGUGGUGGCCUUGGCAGGCCUGGGCCUGGGCCUGAGCCUCAUUUUCAUCGCUGUCUACCUCAUCCGCUUCUGCUGCUGCCGGCCCCCAGAGCCGCCUGGGGCCAAGAGCCCCCAGCCCGGGGGAGGCUGUGUUACCUGGAGCUGUGUGGCCGCCCUUCUCGUCAGCUGCGCCGGCAUUGGCAUCGGUUUCUAUGGCAACAGCGAGACCAGUGAUGGGGUGUCUCAGCUCAGCUCUGCACUGCUGCAUGCUAAUCACACGCUCAGCGCCGUUGACCACCUGGUGUUUGAGACAGUGGAGAGGUUGGGUGAGGCGGUGAGGACAGAGCUGACCACCCUGGAGGAAGUGCUCACUCAUCGCACAGAGCUGGUGGCUGCGGCCCGGGGGGCCCGGCGGCAGGCGGAAGCUGUGGCCCAGCAGCUCCAGGGGCUGGCCUUCUGGCAUGCAGUGCCCCUGAGCCCCCUGCAAGUGGCUGAAGACUUAUCCUUUGUGGAGGAGUACAGGUGGCUGGCCUACGUCCUCCUUCUGCUCCUGGAGCUCCUGGUCUGCCUCUUCACCCUGCUGGGCCUGGCGAAGCAGAGCAAGUGGCUGGUGAUCGUGAUGACAGUGAUGAGUCUCGUGGUUCUUGUCCUGAGCUGGGGCUCCAUGGGCCUAGAGGCGGCUGCUGCAGUGGGCCUCAGUGACUUCUGCUCCAAUCCAGACACCUACAUCCUGAACCUGACCCAAGAGGAGACAGGGCUUGACUCAGACAUCUUGAACUAUUAUUUCCUCUGCAACCAGGCAGUCUCCAACCCCUUUCAACAGAGGCUGACUCUGUCGCAGCGAGCUCUGGCCAACAUUCACUCCCAUCUGCAGGGCCUAGAGAGAGAAGCAGUCCCUCAGUUUCCCUCUGCACAGAAGCCUCUGUUGUCCUUGGAGGAGACACUCAAUGUGACAGAGGGAAACUUCCACCAGUUGGUGGCACUGCUGCACUGCCGCGGCCUGCACAAGGACUAUGGCGCUGCCCUUCGAGGCUUGUGCGAGGACGCCCUGGAGGGCCUGCUCUUCCUGCUGCUCUUCUCCUUGCUGUCUGCAGGGGCCCUGGCCACCGCCCUCUGCAGCCUGCCCCGAGCCUGGGCGCUCUUCCCGCCCAGGAAUCCAAGCGCUUCGUGCAGUGGCAGUCGUCUAUCUGAGCCUCUUCUCCCCGCCAGACUGGAGCCAGCCCCCCCUCUCCGUUCCUUCCCGGGAGGCCGGAGAAGACCCCACUAACCCUGCCUGACUGGGGUCUGACCACUAACACCCCUGGCCACGGACACCCCAACAGGACACCUCCC